CGCGACUGUAAACGGUGCUGAAUGUGUUCGACCUCCGGCCGAGCGGGACCGGAGCGGCUCAGGAGAACCGACCGCGGCCUAGACCGAGCCGAGUCCCCGCGAUAAAGAUCUGCAAGGCACAGAUGGUUCUGGAUGUCUGAGUGGUGUUGAUGUUCGAAGACGUAUCCCCAUCAAGUUAAUCUCUAAACAGUCUAACCGAAAUAGGAUCUCAUCCCGCAUUCAGAGAAAUAUGAGCAGAAAUUCUACAAAGUCUCUAACUGCAGAUGAAGAAGGAUUUGACUAUAACGAUGAUGGGAGCUAUGAAUGCAAAUCUGGAGAGGUGUUUGGAAGCCAGCAUCGAUUUCCUCUGCAGUUUUUCUGGGAUUUUAAGAUAAAUUUGCUUGGAGAGAAAGAUGACACUCCCAUUCAUUUCUGUGAUAAAUGUGGAUUGCCAAUUAAGAUAUAUGGACGCAUGAUUCCAUGCAAACAUGUGUUUUGUUUCACCUGUGCGAGUUUGCAAGAGAAAAAGGGUGACAAGAUGUGUCCUGGGUGUAGUGACCCAGUUCAGCGCAUCGAGCAGUGUUUACGAGGCUCCCUAUUCAUGUGUAGUAUUGUCCAAGGCUGCAAGCGGACCUAUCUUUCUCAGAGAGAUUUGCAGGCACAUAUCAAUCAUCGACAUAUGAGAACUGGGAAGGCUGUCAUUAGAUCACAACCGGAGCCACUCCAUCCUGCAAUGGGACCUCCAGCAGAAAUAGCUGAGCGCUUUCUGAUGCCACAAGAUAAGCACCAUAUUUCGCAUCUUCCUCCUAAACAACAUGCCAUCUUGAUGCCGCCACCCCCUCUUCAGCAUGUGUCACAUGAUCACUAUAGCCAGACUCAUGAGGAUAUUCGUCCACCGCCCACUGAGAUGCCUCUUCCUCCACCACCGAGGUCAGUGAAUCAGGAAACCUUUCGAAUUUCAACUGUCACAACAAGAAAACACAGCAAUCUGAUCACUGUUCCUAUUCAAGAUGACUCUUCAAGUACAGGAAGUCGCGAGCCCCCAACAGCUGCACCUCAUCAUCAUCCUGAAUACCAGAACAAUCCAGUGGUAUCUCAUCCACAUCACAUGCUGCCUCCACAGCAACACUAUGCCCCUCCUCCUCCCCCUCCCCCACCAAUAAGCCAUCCCAUGCCUCACCCAGCACAGGCUGCUGCCAAUCCCCACAUGGUGUACAACCAGGCUCCGCCUCCACCUUUGUCAGCUGCUCCACCUCCAAUCAACCCACCACCAGGACACAUCUUGGCUCCAAUGCCACCAUAUCUGAACCAUCCACCCCAUGGACCACCCCCUCCUCAGCAUACUGGUCCUCCUGUCAACACCCCCCCACCCCCUCACCACUAUUCUGCCUCCACAAUACCACAAUAUACAGAAGACCAAGGAACACUUAGUCCUCCAUUUACUCAGCCUGGAGGGCACAGUCCAGGUAUUGGUGUUUGGCCUGCUCCCAGAGGUCCUCCUCCACCAAGGAUUCAAGUCCCACCUCCACAGGCUCCAUUGCCUGGACCACAUCACCCUGAUCAGACACGAUAUAGGCCGUAUUAUCAGUAAGUCAUUAGAUGGAUUGAAUGGAAGUACUUCAUUGUUCCAGGAUGUAACAUUGCUUCUGCAAAUGCAAAUUUCUUGACCUUUUUGAAGGGAACCUGCUUCUGGAGAGAUUUUGAUGCAAUAAAUUAUUCACAAAGUUGGAACUGUCUGUGUGUCAACAAACUUGCAAUUGAGUUUUCAUGUCCAAUAUGUACUAAUUGCAUUUUUUAAAUGAAAAUGAGAAUACUAGCAUCUAAUAUAAGUUGUGGAAUUUGCCGCAAAUGUGAAGAAGGUCUAAGUAAAUGAGGGAAUUGUAUGAAGAUUCUGCUGGAACUGACAGUUAACCUGGUUAACUGAUCUCAAGGUAGAGGAACAAGUGACCGUGAAUUUUUUUUAUUAACCAUUUAGAGAGCAUGUGUUACAAAAUGUAAUAUUUUAAAACGUAUCUUCCACAGCCUUUCUUUGGCUCAUUCAUGCUUCACACUGUAAUCGACAUCUACAAAAUGUUCUGUAAAUAGAUCAAAAAAUGUAAUAAAUUCAGUGUUGUAAAUUUAUUAACCUCAUUGUAAAACCUUAAAUGUUGACAGCAGUAAGGUUGUAAAAUUAAUGCCAUUUAAUAGGCGAGCAGGUUUUUUUUUUGAUUAUCAAUGUUUUAAAUGUACAAUCUACCUGCAUUAGAAUAUUAAAGUGAUUGCUGACUUUUCAGGGGUUUGCAGUCUCUGGACCGUGUAACAUUGUGGC